AUGAUUCAAACAACUACUGUGAUAAACACGGAAAAUGAUGAUAAUCUUUUUUGUCCUAUUACACUUGAACUAUUUCGUGAUCCAGUUAUUGCUAAAGAUGGUCAUGUUUAUGAACGAGAAGCUAUUACUAAAUGGAUACUUCAACAUGGUACAAGUCCAUUUACUCGAGAAACAUUACAAAUUACGGAUUUACUACCGGAUGAUCAUUUGAAACGUCUUGCUGCCGCACGAAGAAAUUCUGUCGUAUCCUAUCAAGUACGAGAUGGAACUGUAACACUACCGUCUCUUCGAAAACUACCAAAGAAUCAAACACACGAUCGUAAUAUAUGCAGAGCACUUGAAUUAUCAAGACGUUCUCAUAAAAUAUUUCUUUGUAUUAUAUGCACAUGUCUUAUUUGUGUAUCGAUUAGUCUUGGAGUCUCUUUAGGUGUUAAACAAACCGGUACAUCUCCUCCUCCAGAUCGUCAAAUAUCAUGCAAUUAUUCAAGUUCCUUAACAAAAACUAGUAUGAUGUUUCAGCGACCAAACGGCGAUCGUGGUGUAUAUUAUUAUAGACCAGUUCAAAUAUUUAUAUCAGUUCCUGGUUAUUAUGUAAUUCAAAGUUUCAGUAAUAUAGAUAUGUUUGGUUAUUUUUAUUUAUAUUUUAUGCCUCUAAAUCCACCUAUGAAUAUACUGAUGGCUGAUGAUGAUAGUGGUGGUGAUGAACAAUUUUAUUUUAAAAUUUCACUCAAUCCUAUUAUGUAUACAUUAGUAGCAACGACGUAUGAGAAAAAUAUUACUGGAUUAUUUUCUAUCAUGGUUACUGGUCCAGCAAGUGUUACUUUUCAUUAA